UGUCUAUAAACACCCAGCGCUGUGUGAGAAGCACCUUCUCCUUCCCUGCUCUGGUGAAGAGGAUGCUGCUACUACUCCUGCUCCCUGUGGCCGUUCUCCUGCCCCCAAGGGCUCGAGCUGGGGAGAUCAUCGGAGGAUGGGAAGCUCAGCCUCAUUCCAGACCCUACAUGGCCUUUGUGAAGAUAGGGAAAAGAGGACACUGCGGAGGGUUCCUGAUCCGGGAGUAUGUGGUGGUGACGGUGGCUCAUUGUAACUGCAACCUUGGCACUAUCACCGUGGUCCUGGCAGCCCACAAUGUUUCAAGACAGGAACCGGGAAGGCAGGAGAUCUGUGUCCGUCACCGAAUCCCCCACCCAGAAUACAAUGAUGAGACAUUGGAAAAUGACAUCAUGCUGCUGCAGCUGGAGUCCCUGGCACAGGUGAAUGACUGGGUGAGACCCAUUAAGCUGCCAAAGGCAAAGCAGAAAGUCAAGCCAGGCACAAGGUGCAGUGUGGCUGGAUGGGGACUUACUAGCUCAGACACUGGGAAGACUUCAGAUGUGUUGAUGGAGGUGGAGCUGCCAGUGAAGGAGAACAAAUUCUGCAUGAAUUACUUUGGCAGGCAGUAUAACUAUAAGUCAAUGCUCUGUGCUGGGGAUAUGGGAGUCCCUGAAGGAACCUUAGAGGGUGAUUCUGGGGGCCCCCUGGUGUGUAACGGGGUGGCCCAAGGCAUUGUCUCCUGGGAUUUUAAGGAUCAGUCUGCUCCUGAAGUCUACACGAGAGUCUCACACUUCAUCCCCUGGAUAAAGAAAGUGAUGAAAAAGUUACCUCAUUAAAGCAGAGCUUCCCAGUGCCUCUCUAUGAGCUGUAAUGUCCAUCUUCUGCUACUCUUCAGGGACACUGGACUCCAUUCCCCAAUGGCCUGCCCCUUGUGCUGUGGGUGGCUCCAGGACAAAGAUGAUCUAGAUCUUUCAUAGCUGUUGACACCCUCUUUGCACUGGUGCAUGAGAUGCGGGAUAAGGAAAGAUCAGACCCAACAAGCCAGAGCUUUAGGGCUUGUCUGCUCACAAAGCUGCACUGGUUUAAUUCAUCCAGCACUGCCAGAUCUCUCCAUUUAAUCACAAGUCUCACCAGAUUGGCUGCUUUUUGUUAAUCCCCAGCUGCUGGAAUCAUAUGAGAAUCUCAUUUUUUAAUCAAAAUAUUGAAGUAUAUUUCUGUCCCUUGCAGUUCUGGAGAAAACCAUCACAGUAUGAACCCCAAAAUCUCCUUCACCCGAGGGCAAAUAGGUAUAACUCAACAUUUAAAAAAUAAAAUCUCAUAUUUUGAAGUCAAUUUAAUGAUUUCUGGAUACUUGGCAGUGGCAGCAUUGGUUAAAUCAUUUUUUUUCUGUCGAUUAUUUAAACCAGUGUGAAACCCCAUGUGGAUGGAUGAUUGAUUUGUCUCCAUUUACUUUGUGUUGUCCACAUGAGCAAGAUGCAUCCAUGUAACCUAAGGUGUGACUUUAAAUUGGUUUAGUUAAAUCAGUGCAGAUCCUCAUGUGGACAUUCUGAUUUUGGCUU